UUAAACAACUGACUAUCAGACAGUUGUUCCAUUUUUUUUAAUAAUUUUAAUUGGUGCCUUUAAAUGAGGUUGUGAAGUGUAAAGUACCUAUUUAUUUUUUAUUGAUGGCCAGUAUUGAAAGUUUUGGCCAACACACAAACAACACUCAGACAUGACCAAGAAACAUAACAUAACGAAAUAUGUAGUUAAUAAAGUAACACAUGACAGCAAACGCGACGAUGAUUACGUUGUUAGAUCUAUGGGAGCUUUUGGUGUUUGGCAAGCGUUGAUAUGUCUUUUAGCGGCCGUAACUAGAGUUAUAGCUGGCUGGAAUAUUAUAACUAUAGUCUAUCUUACGCCUAAAACACAUUUCAUCUGUACAGAAUUUGAGAAUGGCGCAGAACCGUUAGAAGUUAUUAAUACGACAUGUUAUGAUGGUUGUCUGAAGUAUGAGUAUGAAAAUAUAAUAUUUGAAUCGACGCUCAUAUCUGAAUUCGAUUUGAUCUGUGACAGAGCAUGGUUGGCUAGUUUUACACAGUCGAUGCUGAUGUUCGGCUUGUUUCUUGGAGUCAAUUUCUUUGGAUGGGUUUCGGAUAGAUUUGGCCGGCGCAUGAGUCUGAUAUGCGGUGUAGCAAUACCAGUGAUGUUUUCUUUAGCAGCACCAUUUGCACCGAACUACUGGACAUUUUGCGUCAUACGUUUCUUCGUAGGACUGGGUUGCGGAGGCAUCUUCACCGUUUCUGUAGUAAUUAUAGUCGAAAUCAUAGGACCACAGUAUAGGGAAUUCGGAGGUGGAUUGGGAAUUGUAAUAGAUGGCAUUGGUCAGUCUACAGUGGUCAUAUUCGCAUACUAUGCAAGAACGUGGAGGAUGUUAAUGCUGUGUUUAGGAUCAACUUCAAUAUUGAUAUUGCUGAUGACUUUGUUCUUUUUGCCCGAGACACCGAGGUGGUUGAUGGCGAAUCAGCAAGGGGACAGGGCGGUGGAGUUGAUGAUAAAAGUCGCGAAAUUCAAUAACUUGCCCACAGAAAAUAUAAAAGAAAAUGUCGAAAAGUCGAUGAAAGAAAUUGAAGAGAAACAAAAAUAUCAGAAGGAAUCUCAUGGGUUUUUGGAUUUGUUCAAAACUAAAGAAUUGACAUUGGUCACAAUUUUUUCUACCAUAAUUUGGAGUGUUGCUGGUGUAUGCUUUUUUGGUAUCAACCAGUACGUGCCUCUGCUGGGUAGUAAUGUUCAUAUGACCGUAUUGGCUUCUGGAUUAGUUCAAAUACCAGCGGCACUAGUAGGGAUGGGCAGCAACAAAUGUUUCGGACGAAAGGGAUCUUCAUUUUUCUUUGUUCUACUAAUUGCUCUUGCAAUGGGAAUCCUAGCGUUUCUUCCGGAUGGCAACUGGGCGGCUGUGAUAGCUGUUACAGGAUUAUUCUCAGCUACAACACUAUUCUCGAUAUUGUAUGUUCAAAUUAAUGAGCUAUUCCCUACGGUUUUAAGGAACAUGGGGUUUGCAGUUAGUUCUGCUGGUGCUAAAUUAGGAGCCAUGAUAGCCCCGUUUAUUGUGAAUGUCAAACCCCACUGGGUAUCUUCAGUUAUAUUUUCUUUGUAUCCAUUAUUCUGUGCUGGAUUUAGUUUGCUUUUGCCCGAGACUAAGGGGUUGACGUUGAAAGAUACAAUUUUUUGA